AUGGCAUCUUUUUCUGCAUCUCCCUCCAUAUCUUGUUUCACAGCUAUCAAACCCAAUAAAAACCCUACUUCCCUGUUUCCCACUUCUAUUUCUACUAGCACUUUCUCAUGUUCUUUAUCCAAUCGACUUCGGGUGGCCCGUGUUUGUUUUAGCAUUCCCAAUUCUGACCCUAAUUCAUCGGUAUCCAAGACAAAUUUGUCAAAUUUGAAGAAGAUAAGAUCUGUUGCUGAAGAUACAGUAAUUCCCGAACAACAAGAAGACACCAUCAGCAACCAAGGAGAAGUCGAGGCAACCGUUUCUGUUCCAGUUUCUCCUUCCGAUAUCCUCACCAUGUUCUUUCAGGCCGAGGGAACAAUGAGUGAAGCAGCUAUUCCGUCAGUGACAAGUGCCUUACACGUAAAUAUUAUCUUCAAAAUCCAGUAUUUUAUAGUUACAGCCAAACAAAUAUAUAUCCCUUCAGAGGAUCAAACUUAA